AUGCUCGCUCGUCUGCUUCAAUUCCUCACGGGUCCCUUGAGCAGCUCCUCUCACGCCGGCUAUGCUUCACAACUUACCUCCGCCAUCGGGCAGAACAAGCAGAACGACUCUGUCCAGAAGGACACGUCUGCUGCAGGCUCGUUUGUGCCUUCUCUGGGCGCCCCGAGCGCAACCCUGCCUACGAGCGUCUCGCCGCGCAGCUCUUUCAGCUUUUUGCGAACUGUCCGCAACUCGACCACCAUGUCGCCGUCUCCCUCCCUGUCGGUGCUCACUGGCCCUCCGCCCUCGUUCUCCUUCCUUGAUUUGAACGUGAAGGACAUUGUCGAGCAGCUGACGCUGGUCGAGCUGGGACGAAUCAAGCGCAUCACCGCGCACUCGCUGACUGGUCAAGCCUGGAACAAGUCCAGCCGCCCAGCUCACGCCGUUCCCGUCCUCGACGUUAUCGAGCGCUUUAAUCGCGUCUCCUUCUGGGUGGCGUCCGAAAUCUGCGCGUGCGUCAACAUUAAGGCGCGUGUCGAGAUUCUCAAGCGCUGCAUCAAGAUUGCCGCCAUGUGCCGCGACAUUAAGAACUUUAACACGUGCUUGCAGUUUGUGGCAGCGCUCAACAUUAGUGCUGUGCAGCGCCUCAAGCAGACGUGGAAGCAGCUGUCGACCAAGUACGCCUCGCUGUGGGUCGAGCUCAACCGACUCAUGGACACGGCCAAGGGCUACACAAACUAUCGCUCCCACUUGGCAAGCCUGACACUUCCCAUUGUUCCGUACAUUGGCAUUCACCUGAACGAUCUUACCCUGAUCGAAGAGGGCAACCCGACCUUCCUCGAGGCCAAUGGCAUGCCCACCACGUCGACUACGUCUUCUCCUGGCAGCUCGGCUGCGACCACGCCGUCGCCCCAGGGUCCACCGUCCGCGACCUUGCCGGCAUCUACAGCGUCAUCUUCGUCGGCAGCGCCCAGCUUGCGCAAGUCUAGCAGUCGCGAUCGCGUGGAGGCCACAUCGCCGCGCACACCCGCUGAAGCCCACCUCACCCCUCUUGCUGCACAAGCGGCUGUGGGACUGGCGAGUAGCCGCGGCUCGCUCGCCUUCUACAAGGAGCCCGCUGGCGUCACGCCCAUCGUCAACUUUAAAAAGAUGGCCAUGAUUGCUCAAGUUAUCCGUGUUGUUGAGUGGUAUCAAACGUCCGAGUACGAGUUUGUGGCCUACCCCGAGCUGCAGUACUGGCUGGUGCACGGCAUCAACGUGUGGGACGUCAAUCGUCUGUACAAGGAGUCGUUAAUUUGCGAACCCCGCGUGUCCGAUCUGCCCUCGACGGCUGCCGGCGACUUGGCAUCUGGAGAUGGCAAACCCAAACGCCGCAACAAGUUCAUGUCGACGCGCGGAACGUCACCUCGCGACAGCACGGGCUCUCUCACAGUGUCCCCUUCUCUCAGUGCCAGUAACAGCGCAUCGAUGGUCGGCGCGGCAAACAACAGCGCGCCAGUGCCGUCGUCGUCGCCCUCGUUGGCGUCGUUGUUGUCGUCGUCGUCGUCGGACAACAAACCCAAGAAGCGGAGCAUUUUUGGAUCGCGGCGGGCGUCUUCGUCGGACGAGUCUAGCAGCAUUUCUGCCGCACAAGUCGCGUUGCAGUUAGAAGGGUUGGGAGACUCAUCCUCUGUUUCGUCGAUGACUGGCUCCGUCGACCAGUCUGCCGCCCUCGAAGUCCGCAUGGCGCAGCUUCGUCUCGUUCAAGAGACGACUGAAGCGCAGCUCCACGACCUUCAGCACGCCAACGAGAUUCUGCUGCGACGUGUCGAGGAACUCGAGCGGACCCAUGUUGCAGCCCACACUCGCGAGGUUGGGCUCCUCGCGCGAAUUGAAGCCCUUGAGGCCGACGCCGCUCAAAAGACUGUCAAGAAACCUGUGCAGGCUUAA